AGAGAUUUGAAACAAGGCGUUACAGUUACGUUUAGACUGGAAAUAAAGAUGAUCUAUACACCUCUAUCUAUUUUUAAAGACGAUAUAAAGAAGGCUGUUAUUUACUUAAAUCAUCCAACAUCUUUACCGGGUACACUUUUUACACGACUAUGGAAAAACGCUUAUCCUGUAGCUUUUGUAGAUGGGUUUGCAAACCAUAUUUACAGAAAUAUAAAUUACAGAACUAAUUAUUUCCCACAUUUUUUAACUGGAGAUUUUGAUUCUAUUCAACCAGAAGUUUUAGAAUUUUAUCGUUCAGCAAAUGUUGCAGUCAUCGAAACACCUGAUCAAGAAGAAACUGAUUUCACAAAAUGUGUACGUAUAGUUAUCAAUAGUAUAGAACAAAACAAUGUGGAAUUAGAUGUGCUCGUUGCAGUGCAAAUGAGCGGUGGAAGGUUCGAUCAUGAAAUGGGACUAAUUAAAACUCUAUAUGAAACAAAGAAGUUAACUAACAUUCCAUUGCUUCUGGUGAGCGAGUGCUCAGUUACGUUCUUGUUAGAUGAAGGUGAACAUACUAUACGUGCUAGCACAGGAUACGAAGGACAACAUGUAGGUUUAAUACCUGUUGGACAACCAUGUCAAGUAACAACUACAGGUCUUCAAUGGAACUUGGAUAAUGGGACACUCUCAUUUGAUGAUAUUGUUUCAACUUCGAAUCGAUUGUUAGAUGAAAUUGUUCAUAUAAAUUGUAAUCGACCUUUACUUUUUACUAUGGAAUAUAAAAAUGAUAUGAUUAACUAGCGUGAAUAUAUGCAUAGAUCAUUAUAUUCUUGACUAGCCAGUGAUAAUAUAAGUUGAAAAGGUGAGACAUUCAUUACUUCUUUCAAUGAUUGCAAUCCAAAACAUAUUUUAUUAAUAAGAUAGUGACUUUUUAUUUGAAAUAUCUUCGUUAAGUUCUUAAUUCUCAUGACUAUUUGAUGUUUAUUGUGAUCAUCAAUAGAACUGACGUCACCUAUGUGUGUCAGUUAUAUUUAUCAUAAGUUACUAUGUGAGCAUCGAUAUUGAGAUUUCCCACAAUGUAUGUAUACCCUAAGAUGUUUAAUAUUUUCGUUUUAAUUCGUGACCGUUGUUGCUACCUUGACGUGGUUCUCGGGCUUGCCUAUUCUGAUGGACCAAUCAAGCUAUACUGGCUGGAACAAUCGUUUUUCAAGGUUCUACCAUCUCAGACAGGUCAGUUAAAGAGCAGUAAGACUAAAAGCAGCAAACUCAAUGUCCGAAGGCGAAGUCAUACUGCUGACUGUACAGAGAUAUGACAGCAGUAAGGUGUUCCCUUCAGACAACAAGCAUAACAGCGAUGCUAUCUUCCCACAAAGGAAGGUUGGCGUUAGAAAAGGUCGACCUUAAAAGUGCACAUCUCGCCUUAUCCCACGAAUAUCUGUCUCCGGCGGUAAGGUCUCAACAAGUACGGAGCUAACAUGAAAAUUACUCAAAAAAAUUAUGUGUGACCGACUUCAAACAGUUGUCUCCUGUGCACUGCGGUCACACUCUCAGGUCACUAAGACCACUUCUAAUCCAAUUUCCUUUCCAGGUACCUCUAGAAGAACCCUUCCACAGUGUGGACAACCGUGAAAUGAUAAAAGCCCUCAUACCUCUAACAGCACUGUAAUUCGUGAAUUAAUACAGAUGAAGUGGUCAUUGUUUGUAAGUAGAUUUUCAUCUAGAAUGAUAAACCAUUCAAGAAAUUUCAUUGUAUAUAAAGAAGCUUGGAUCAAUUUUUUUUAUUUAGAAAAGAACUCAUUAUCAUACAUAUUGUAGAAAGUCAAUACAAUACAUAAACAUGUUUGUUUCAGUUGAAUAAAUUGAAGGUAAUUUAAUUAUUAAACUGAAAUAUCACAAAGUAAUACUGAGUUUAUGUUAUUUCAUUUGAACCAAAAAAAUAUUUGGAUAUUCCCAAUUGAACUCAUUGUAAUGGAUGAGUUUCUUGUUUAGGUAAAUCGUACAAGAUAUAAUGAAGUGCUUUGGAUAAUUGUGCAGAGUCAUAUGCUAGAAAAUAAUUUAAAAAAAAGUUGAAUAUUAUAAUAGAGCGAUAGACAAAACACAAAGAUAUCGAUUGAUUUAUAGUAUUAAUGAGAUCAUGUAGCACAUGGAUCCCAGUUCAAACAUUUAUAUUUUAAAUAAGACUACGGUUAAUAUGACCGUUUCCGUAUUAGAAGCGGUUUUCGUUAUGGUCCAUCGGUGAGACUAUAUUUUGUGAAUGACCUUUGAGUGACGCCAGACUGACCUUGAGAGUUUGCACCUAAUAACUAGGAUCAAAUGAGGUUUAUGAAACGGUGUUGGCAAUUAGAAUUAUGAUUUACAAUUGAUGAUUAGGGGUUUUCACCACGAACUGACAUCAGCUACAAUGCCGAAACUCCAUUUAGCCAAAUGAAUGAAUGAGUUUCGCGCCAAAAUCUAAGACCUAUUACUCUAUAUCUGAUUGGUUCAUCCACAAAUUAUAGUCUCGCUGGUCCAUCAUACAUGGAAUUAAUUACUGAUAUGGGAUGACAAGUGUUUUGUGAUGUUCUAUUGUACAAGUGAUAGAUGUUUGUUUUGUGUAUUAAUACUAGUGAUUAUUUAAGUUUAUGAAAUGUGAUCCGGUUCAGAAUGCGAUAAAAUAUAAUAGGGAAAAGAAGUUAAUGAUAAUCAUACCGUAGUAUUUUAAUAUUUCCUGCGGAAAGUACAACGGAAUAUCCAACAUCGAAUCGAUUUUGCAUGUUUUGACUCGAUUUAUUUCUACUACUUAAUAAUAUUCAGUAGUUUGUAUUAUUAUCAUUCAUUUUGAAACUUGCGAUAUGACUAUGUGUGCUAUUGUUAGGGUCUCUAGAUCUUCAGAAUUCACUUGUUAAAUGUCUUGUUUUGGAAAUUUGAAUUUGUUUUUGGGACCAGAGCAUUCCUUUUCUCCUUCAUAUCGUAUUUCCCAUCUGGAAGGGCCUUAAAUAUCAUUGGUUCAUUGUCUCUUUUAAUAUGCUUUUUUUGUAAUGUUUCCCUGGGACAUAUAUAUAUAUAUAUACACGCUUGAUUUAUGCUUUUGGUUGCUUGUGGAAUAUAUUCUCCAUCUUCUAAACCUGGAGUUCUCUCUGUAGUUAGCGGGGCUAGGACACAUCUGAAUAAUUAGCUUAUUUGGUUAUUAUGUUGCUGAGUGCCCCCAAAUACCCUGGUACGGCCGAGAGUGGGGAGAUUCCGCUCACCCUCUCGAAAUGCUCUUACAUGGCUACGCGUAUAUAGCCUCUGCCAGGGAAGUCCUAUUCACUGCCUUCUCGUGGACGGGGUGUUGUUUAUCGCAUAUAAAAAUUUAUAUAACUUUUGAUAAUACAUUAGGACUCAGUAUCUAAGUGGAUACUGCGAUGGCGUUUGAAGCGAACGGUACUAGGUUCGAAUCCCACAGUGAACAUCAACUCUAAGAUGCAAUUGUAUCCAGCUGACGAGUCUCAAAUAGGACGAAAUGCGCCUUGUCCUGGAUUCCACUGUUAGCCAUUAUUCAUCUUUUCUUAUAAUGCUUGUGAAUUAAAGCAAUAUCGAGGCAAUCCGCACAAGAUGCUAACAAGAGACUGAUGAUCAAUGAGAAGAUUCAAGUAAACUAUACCAAAUGAAUUCAACAUUUAACUUUCUUAGCUAUUCUAUAUAACUAAUGAGAUUAAUAUAUAUAUAACAUUUAAAUUUUACUGUGUACAACUUACGAUCAACAUUUUUUGAUUGAAAUUUCUUCACUAACAUAUGAUCAUUUAAUAUUGUACUAUGUAAACUUUGUACAGCAACAUUAUUUAAGCAUAAAUUAUAAUAGAUUAAUGUAUUACGAUCAAAUGUUGAAUAGAUUAAUACAGGUAAAUUUCGACCAGGUUCUAUAGCAUAUAAACCAGCUGUAAAUGCUUGACAUGAACGUCCUAAUGGAAAACAUAAUGAAUUAUUAUUUAUAUCAAAUAUAUAUGUAGUACCAUCCCAUGAACAAACAACUAAU